AUGGACGCUGCUCUGGAGUCUGGGUCUGAAGUGCCCUUGCUCAUGGUGACUCCGCAGCCCGAGAUGCUGGAGGAGGUGCUCCACCAGUUUUUUGGCCCACUGCCCCAGAUGGCCGCCAUCUGCAGGCUCAAGCGCCUGCCCUCCGGCGGCUACUCGUCCACCGAGGACCUCGGCUUGGUGUUGGAGCGUCGGCGUGUGGCCAACGCCAAGGAGCGCGAGCGGAUAAAAAACCUCAACCAUGGUUUUGCCAAGCUGAAAGCCCUGGUGCCAUUUCUUCCCCAAAACAGGAAGCCUAGUAAAGUUGAUAUCCUUAAGGGUGCAACUGAAUAUAUACGAGUUCUCAGUGAUGUUUUGGAAGGAGCCAAAGACUUGGAGAAACAGGACCCAGAGAGGCAGAACCACAGCAACAAUACUUCUGAUCCACAUAUGUCCUUGGCUAUAGAGCUAUCAAGAAACAGCCAACAUACCAGCAAUGCCAUUGUCUUGAAGAGGGAAGAGGAAGGGCCCUGGCAGUGUACUUCCCUCCGACCCACGGGCGAGGAGGGCUGGAGUUGCUCCGCUGCGGGGCUCCGGGCAGAUCUGACCCGGGAGGCUGCGGGAUGGGUGGGAAACGCUGCUCUGCAGAGUAGCGGGCGGACUCCAGAAGCGCACCCCCUCACCCCGCCCCGCUCCCUCCCCAACGCCACAGAAACACUCGCCAACCUGCAGAGGCAGACCGGAGAUGGAGACGGCGGCGUGCUGGAGGUAAGGCCGUCCUGGGAAGGGGCCGUGGCGGCGGCGGCGGUGAAUAGCUUUGGAGACCGGUCAGCAUCCCACUGCUCGCUGGUCCAGCGGGAGAAGGGCUGUGUGCGUGCGCAUCGGUGGUGCAGCCCGGCUGUGCGGCGAGUGAUUUACAUUUGGCGAUGA